CUUUCGGGAUCUCUGCGUUCUCAGUUCAUUGAACUGCUGUUGGCCAUGCAUCUGGAGAGUCACAUGAAGUUGAAGAAGGUGACCGGUCGCGAGUUCAUCGUACCACUGGAUAAGGACCAACUGGAGACUAAGAAGUCGCGCAGCAAACUGCUUGAGGCCAUAAUCGGUUGGGAUCCGGAUCACGUGCCGGCCGUCAAUGAGCAUCGCAGCAUUCGUCCAGAACUGGUCACGGAUCCGCAUCUGUUAAUAUGGCCAGUGAAACCUGGUUUGAUGAUAGGCAUCGGAACCAGUUUGGAAGAUCAGUGCGCGCCCACGUCUGGGAAAUAUGACUUGUUCUUCAUGGUGCAGCACGGUCCUUUCGUUCUGCAUACCCUGUGGACCGGCCAUCUCGCUGAUUGUCCACCCUUCCCCGUGGAUAUUCUCAAGAAACAGACCCUGGACGUCCUCAUAGACAUCGUCAAUACUGGUGGACAUGUUAGGGAUCCCUUCGGAGGCAGCUUCGAGCAUGCCCUUCUGCCACUUCUACGAAUUGUAAAUCAUCUGCUCGUCAUGGGUUCUUUGGACGCCAACGACUUGUCUACCGUCCUCUGUCUUCUGAAUCCGCAAGCCUUCCCAUUGGCUCAAAAUUGGCGAACAAAAAUUAUCGGAAGUCUGCUUGAUCUCCCGUUGCCCGAAUCAGUGAAGCUGGAAGUCUGCCACCUGUUCCAAAACCUCUGCGAUCUGCGACUGCGUCAUCGCAUUGAAUCUGUCAUCCACUUCGCAAACACCGCCGUCGGAGAGAUUCAAAAUGUACGUGUUUACUUAUUGCGCCUUUCCCGCGCAUACCGCUUGACUUUUAUUCCAAACUCCUUUCUCUUUCUGUUUAUGUUCGUUGAGAGAACGAUUCGAGGUUUGCGGUUUGAGCGAUUGGCAGAGUGCUGUGCUUAUCAGUACUGUGGAAUUUAG